UGUUUGAAUAGUAUAAUGGAAAAUGUGAAAAAGUAAAUAUUUUUAUAUGUAUGUUCGACACUUACCCCCAUUGCUUUCUUGUGUGCUUCAUCAAUCAAAGAAAAGGGCUAAGCAAAAACUGUUUUCAUCACUUUGAUUUCUUUGCUUCAUUUUGAAGAUUAUCCUUGAGCUAGAUAGGGUUCUGUGCAACUUGUUUAACAAUGUUGUUGGUGAUUUGAAAUUCAAAAGCAGUUUUGAUUUCAUCUUGGAGAAUGUAUGUGUUGUCUUGGUUGAUAGAGGAAAUUCCAAAAGCAGUUUUGAUUUCAUCUUGGAGAAUGUAUGUGUUGUCUUGAUUGAUAGAGGAAGAUGGCAAACAAGUAAAGCUUUUCAAUUCUUUUAACUCAAUUGAUGAUCAACUUUAAAUGAAUUCGGUAAAAAAACAAAAUUGUAAUUUAGUAAGAUAUGUGUAGUUUGAUUGUAGUGUUAUUUAGUUGUAAUAUUGCCCUCUUACUAUCUGUUGUUUGUUACUACCUAUUGUCUUUUGUACUUUUAUUGUGUCUAUUUCUAGUUUGUUUAUGUCUUGAGCGAGGGUCUACUGGAAACAACAUCUUGGCUGAGGUAGAUUAAGGUAUGGUACACUCUACUCUCCCCCGAACUUCAAUCUGUGGGAACACUUGGUAUGUUGUUGUUAUUUAGUAAGAUAGACUGCAAAUGAGUGAGUUUUUGGGAGGAAAUGCAAUGCAAGUCUUAACCACUAUGAAGUUAAUGAUUCCCUUAUCACUUGUUGCUUGAAUUGAUGGGUGCCGUAAUACAUUUUAUCAGGUCCUGGUAUAGCAACUUGUCAAGGUGUCCACAAAAAGCUUUAAGGAAGUUACAUUAGUGUAGAAUCCGUUGAAGAUAAUGCAGAACAUCUUUUUAAAAAAAAAAAAGAAGUUGGGGAUAGAGGAAGGAGAUAACAAGGUGGAGAAUUGAACCCUCACUAUCCAACUUACUGAGCUACUAAGAUUAUCCCAAAGAAGAACAUCUUAUUAAUUCCACUUACAAAAAAAUGUUGUGAUGAAGUAAUAAUCUUGUUAAUGUGGGUAAACUUCCGUGUAGAAGUAAUACACCAAAAAGUAGAGAAACCAACAAACUGUCAGAGAGAUUAACCAAAAACAGGAGGUUAUUCUUCAAAUAUAUAAACUUAUCAUGAACUCUUCCAUGCUCUCCUUCCAAAGGAUCCAUAUAAGGGCUACAUAGGCUAUCUCUCGUGUCCUAUGUAUUCUUGCUUUCUUCUAAGGUCAUCUGUCUAACAGGUCCUUUACUGUGCCCAACAUUAUCCACUGUACGUGCUCAGGACCAGCUUCCAUUCACCACAAUUGGGUAACACAUGAAAAUGCAGCAGUAGGUUGUCCAGAUAUUUACGGAUCUAUACAUAAAGCACCAUCCCGUACAUUAGUAUUAUUCCUGUUUUUUGUGUUUUUAGAUUUAUUUGUUACUACCGCUUGUUUCUAUAGCCUUGAUCAUUGUAUCAUCUUAUUGUUUUUUUAGUUUGUUCCUGCUUCUUUCUUUUGCAUCUUUCUUUGAGCCGAGAGUCUAUAUGAAACAGCCUCUCUACCUUCAAGUAAUUUGUAACUAUAUAGGCACUUUCUGGAUGCUGUGUUAGUAAUACAACUACAUUUUGACUAUCAGUGAAGAAAUAAUAAUGUGAAAUCAUCCAGUCUGAUCGAAACACAAAGCAUAAGUUUUAGCUUCUUUCGUUGUAAUUGACUGUAUGGAUAUCCCUAGCAGUUUUUUGUAACUUUUGGUUUUGGUACCUUCUUGGUACUUAAGUCACUAAACCUUAACCUCAUCAAAAGAAAAAAAAAAAAAAGAGAUAGCAUCUUUACCAUCCAGAAAACAAAACCUAUAAGUGCAGGUUUAGAAUCACCAUUCCAUUGAAGUUGUGAAACAAUUCACAGUUCCAGAAAAUCUUAGUUAUUGACAAGAAUCACCAAAAUACAACAUAUGAGAGCAAAGAAAUACUAUGGAAGAAACACAACUGACAUAAAACUUAUGUCGUAGUAGAGAUGUAGAUCAUAAUGAAGAUAUAUUCAUUGUUAACAGUCCAUGUUAAGUUGGGGCAUUCAAAUUAUGCAUUCAAAACAAUAGAAAGAGAGUUAAAUAUUUUAAGCUGUGAUAGAAGUUUUCCUGAACUGUAUGCUUGCAUAAAUGGGAUCAGUUACCACCUUUUUAUAUGGAUAUCCAAGAGAAUUUCUGCAUUUCUGGAAUUGUUGAAUUUUAGUUGCAUCCAAUGAAAUGUCUUAUUAAUUUUGUAAUGGCUAAAAUCAUUUUUCAAGCUUUUUUAACAAUCAGUAGUCAUGGAUGUUUAUGCAAUUAUGCUACAUCGGCGGAUCAAAUAGUGCAGUUGUAUAAAGCAUAGUGCAAUUGGCACCUAAUGUUUUUAUAGCUGCUUUCACUGAUAGUUUGUUUUACUCCUUUUCUUUUCACAGAAACCUUUUUUCAUGACUGCAAAAUUUCAUGUCGCCAUAUGCCAUCAGGAAGACGUUCUUUAAUGGAUUUGGAACCUGCCUACAAGAUGGAGAGCAUAAGAGCAGUCCAAGAUAUUCAGCAUGAAUUUUGGCCUCUUGAUGAAAUAAAUGGAGAGAAUGCUAAGUUCCCCUGUUGUUUAGUUUGGACUCCUCUACCAGUAGUCUCAUGGUUGGCACCUUUCAUUGGACAUGUAGGAAUAUGCAGAGAGGACGGUUCUGCCGUGGCCUUUUCUGGUUCCAACUUUAUUAACAUUGAUGAUUUUGCAUUAGGUUCUGUGGCCAAAUACCUUCAACUAGACAGAAAACAGUGCUGCUUUCCACGAAACCUUGCUGCACACACAUGUAAGCAUGGCUAUAAACACACAGAGUUUGGGUCUGCAAUUACUUGGGAUGAUGCCAUCCAAUCAAGCGUUCGUCAUUUUGAGCACAAAUCGUACAAUAUAUUCACUUGCAACAGCUAUUCUUUUGUUGCUAAUUGCCUGAACAGGCUCUGCUAUGGAGGAUCAAUGGAUUGGAACAUGAUCAAUGUUGGUGCUCUUUUAUUGUUCAAAGGACAUUGGGUUGACAACAUGUCAAUCUUGAGAUCAUUUUCACCUUUUAUGCUAGUUGUAUGCUUUGGCAUUUUCAUGGUGGGAUGGCCUUUUAUGGUAGCAUUAUUGGCUUUCUCACUUCUUCUUUUAGCAUGGUUUAUUUUUGGUACUUACUGUCUCAAAAAUCUGUUGGAUUCCUAGGUUUCUUGUAUCACACUGCUACAAGAUUAAAAUUUGUUAAUCCUUAAUAUGUGAAGAACCCCAUAGACUUUGAUAACUCUGCACUCUAAAGUCACAAGUGUAGUGGAAUUUGGACAAUAUCAAGUUACCUAAUAGAUAUUCACUUUGAUUCAAUUUAUGA